AUGGGGACCUCCGUGCCCUGGGGAACAUGCACGCUCGGGGUUGGGCCUGGGAGGCCUCUCCGCCAGAGACCCUCGCGCCCACCAAGCAAGAGCCCUUCAUCAUGGGAACAGAAGCCCGUCCCCGGCACCUCGGCGCUCGAGAAGCUGCCCCCGGAGGUGCUGGAUCAGAUCAUCUCCUACCUGGCCUUGGACGUCCCGCCCAACGGCUACACCCCCCGCAAUGUCGACCUCAUCUCCUGUCUGCUCACCUCGCGCACCCUCCACGCCGCAACUCUGGCCGUGCUGUACCGGAACAUGACCUUCCCCCACUCCAUCAUCUUCUCCAAGGCGCUGAACCACAUGUCGCAGUAUCCCGCGUUGGGCACGCUGGUUCGUCGCCUCGAUUUCUCGCACUUUACCUCGGUGGGCUUGGGCCGCACCAAGCAGAUGAACUCGGAGAUCCAGAACUUGACCUCGACCACCCUCUUGAAGUGUCUCGACCUGCUGCCCAACCUCAAGGAGUGUCUGUUGCAGGAGCACGUCGAGGGCGAUCUCAGUGUGGAGAUCGUGCAGAAGCUCUUCACCGGUCUACCGAACUUGUGCGCCGUCGAUUUCUGUGGCUGUUCCAGCCAGUCCUUCUCGCGGGUCUUCUCCGAGGCGUUGACCACCGGUCUCGGUCUUCCGCUCACCCUCCCCAACCUGAAGCGCAUCUCCCUGCAUGAAUGCAGCACCCUGCCUGCCUCCGUCUUUGAAGUCCUCCUGCCCCGGCUGGUCAACUUGACGCACCUCGACGUCACCCACACGCAGAUCAGCGAGGCAGCCCUGUUCUCCAUUCCCGAGACCGCCAAGGUCACCCAUUUGAGUCUGUCCCGGUGCUCGCGGCUGCGCGCGUCCAAGGUCGUGGAAUUCCUGACCACGCAUCCCGCCGUGUGCGAGUCCCUAGUGUUCUUGAACCUGAUGACCGACCCGACGCGGUACCGUCUGCUUGAGGAGGAAGACAUCAGCGCCCUCCUCCCGAGACUGCCUUCUUCGCUCCGGUCCCUCAACCUCGGCGGCGCCAAGGUCACCUCGACUCAUGUGCCCGCCCUGAUUCCUCUGACCAAGCACCUGGAAGAGUUGGGUCUGAGCUCGGCGGACCUGACCGCCCAGGAUGUGAACUCCUUCUUUGCUCCUCCGCAGAAUGCCGAGCAGACUGCAAGACAGACCUGGGUCCCACCCAUGCUCUGCUAUCUCGAUCUCACCAAGGUGAACCAGCUGUCGUUGGGCACGGUGUUCAACACCAGCGCCUGUCUGUAA